ACUGGAGCUCUGUUGUUGUUUUAUUCCCAUGCAACCACGUGUGUUUAGCUCACAUCAGUUGUGUUUCGCAGUUCACCGUCUUUCUAAUUUCUCUGCUGACUUUUUAAUUUAAAUUUUAAAGUAGAUAUGGCCCGGAAAAGAAAGGGACGUUCAGUUCGGCGCAACAAAAACAAAGCACCUGGCGAGGGAAACGAGCCAGAAGAACUGACCAGGGCACCUCAUUCAUUUGUUAUUACCCGUGGUAGCACCAGUGGCUAUGUUCAAGAACUGACCAAAGAUUUCAGAAAGGUCAUGGAGCCAUUUACUGCUGUCAACCUCAAGGAACGUAAAACAAACAAACUCAAGGACUUCGUGUCCAUCGCCGGCCCUCUACAUGUGUCGCACCUCGUCAUUUUCACCCAGACCGACAUGUCCAUUUACAUGAAAAUUGCAAAGGUUCCUAGAGGACCUACAAUGACGCUCAAAGUGCUGGACUAUGUUUUGGCUAGAGACGUUCUUUCAUCGCUGAAGAAGCCCAUUGCCAGUGACAAAAUGUUCGCGAGUGCGCCUUUGGUGGUGCUCAAUAGUUUUUCUGGUGAAGGAAUGCAUUUGAAACUGCUUGCAUCUGCUUUUCAAAAUAUGUUCCCCUCUAUCAAUUUGACCAAGGUGAAGUUGAGCACAGUACGACGGUGUUUGCUGCUGAACUACGACCCUGAGACAAAACUGAUCGACUUCAGACACUAUGCGAUUAGAGCCGUGCCAGUGGGACUGAACAGGGGCGUGAAGAAAAUAGUUCAGAGCAAGAUUCCUGACUUGUCUAAGUUUGAUGAUAUUUCUGAGUAUAUCAACCGUGAUGGUGCUGCGUCAGAGAGCGAGGCUGAGGACGAUCCAAACAGCCAUGUGGUACUGUCCCAAGAUCUUCCUUCGAGAGGAGCAGUUGCAUCUGCUAAUACGGCAAUUAGACUUUCGGAACUUGGACCUAGGCUUACGUUGCAGCUUGUGAAAGUUGAAGAUGGUCUGAUGGGCGGAAAUGUCAUGUACCACGAGUUUGUGUCAAAGACCGAAGAGGAAAAGAAAGCAAUAAGCAAACUCAGAAAUGAGAGAAAGCAAAUAAAGGAAGAGCGCAAGAAGAUUCAAGAGAACAAUUUGAAGAGGAAGCUUGAUGCUAAGGAGGAGCACAAGCGCAAAUCUUUGAAGGGCCAAAUGAAGAAUGAAGAGCCUAUGGAGGAAGCAGUGGAUGAUGAUGUGGAAUACUACAAGAAAGAAGUUGGCCAUGCUCCUGACGAAGGACUCUUUGAAGCACCAAGAGCAAAGAAGCCCAAGUACAGCCCAUUCGACAAACUCCGAAAAAAUAAGAAGAAUCAGGAUAGCAGGGAUAGCGGUUCCAAGAGUAAUACUAAAGUACCAAGCGGAAGACAGAAGUACAUCGCUACAAAAAAUACGCUGAAGAAUACAACAGGUGGCAAGAGAGGUGGCAAGGGUGGAGGCAGGGGAGGUGGAAGGGGAGGAGGCAGGGGUGGAAAAAGACGCUAAUUCAUUAUUGGUCUAAGAAUAAAUUUAUUUAAGAAAUAA